GCCAGCUUGGGGAAACUAUCAGCUCUGUGACCGUCACCCCGGACACCAAGAACAAGCCUUCAAGAAGAAGAAGAAAUGUCUCAAAAUUUUCGAGAUCUGGGUCGGCGAGACGGCUGGCAACAAGCGAUGCACCUCCGAAUUCGAACUCACGUCAUCACGCUUAGCGCUUGGCAAGAUGAUGAUCGCCGCGGUUGCCCUCGUGCUCGGAUUCAACGCCAACGACGACGGCUCCUCGUCGACCUCGUCCGCACGCGAGCUCAAACUGACUCAGAGCCUGCUCCAGGCUUCCAGCCAUGGCGCCUGCUUCAACCCCGCCGGGACCGUGAAGGCGGUCGCCACGCCCGUGGUGCCCAACAACUUGCUUUUCAACCACAAGACGAAUCUGCUCGAGGCCGACGACCUGUCGAACGACGACCUACUCCUCCGCGCCAACGUGAAGCACGCCGUCGAUCUUCACCCAGGCGCGACCGUGAUCUUCGAUGACGACGCGUCUUGCUUGGAGCUUCUGGAGAGGGCCGGUGCCGCCAAAGAGCUCAUGCAGUGGUACGCCCACCCCGAGAAGAUGCCCGAGCGCGCCCUCCCGCUCCCGGCGCACGUGCCCUACUACUCCGGCAAGUACCGCUCCGACCUCUGUCGGAUGGCGCAGCUCUUCUUGCACGGCGGCAUGUACCUGGACACCGACGUGCAGCUGGUGCGCUCGCUUGCGCCGCUUGCCGGUAGCCGGCUGACGACGGUGCUAGGCGAGUCGGGUGACCACGUCUUCCAAGCGCUCGUCGCCUCCGAGCCCGGCUCACGCACCAUUCGCCGUUCCAUCGACUACUGGGGUGAGUUCGCGCGAGGCGAGCGCGCCGUCAGCUCGCUCGUCGGCCCCGACCUGCUGCUCAAGGCGAUCGAGGAUGAGAACUUUGCGUCACCGCGGACCAAGAGCGAUAUGACUGGUUCUUCUCCUGCGGGCGGUUCAGGCUUCGUUUCGGAACCAUCGGCGAUAGUGUAG